AUGAAGCUGUGGGGCAGAGCUAAAGUUUUCCGGAGGAGGAUGCUCUGUCUCUGGUUGCUGCUCCUCGGGUUCGCCUUGGUCACGCUGGCACUCUCGGACCUGUUUAACCGGGACAGGGACAACAGUUAUCAGAAACCUGGCCCUCCCCGCCGUCCCCUGCAGCGGGUCCCCAAUCCACCGGACUUGGAGGUCGUUGACUACCAGGAUGAUGCCUUAGAGUUCGUUGUCGACCUCAGCCCGCUCAACUCUCUGCAAGAAGACCAGCUUUUAUUCGUGCGAUCGAUGCAGGGCACCAAGAGCCCUCCGCAGAGGAAGGGGACUUACAAGGUGCUUCUGCCGGUAACAAAUAAACAUAUCACUCCGGCGACCCCUACGCACGGUGAAAUGGGGAAGGCAGUGCGGCUGCACCUGGAGGGUGUGGAAAAGGAUAAGGAGCUGUCUGCAGGGCAGAAGUACGGUUUCAACGAAAUGGUCAGCGAGAAGAUUUCACUGCACCGCAGGCUGCCAGAGACGCGCCAUCCUAAGUGUCUGGGGGAGCAGUACAGUGAGUCGCUGCCGUCGGUCAGUGUUGUUAUCUGUUUCCAUGACGAGGCUUGGUCCACGCUCCUGCGCACAGUGCAUAGCGUGCUGGAUACUGCACCCAAACAGCACCUGCGGGAGGUCCUGCUUUUGGACGACCUGAGCCAACACGGUCACCUGAAGAGUGUGCUGAGCGAGUAUGUGUCACAUCUGGAUGGGGUACAUUUGAUUCGCAGCACAAAGCGCCUGGGUGUUGGAGGAUGCCGUAGUCUGGGUGCUGCCAGGGCUGCUGGGGAGGUGCUGGUGUUUAUGGACUCCCACUGUGAAUGCCAGAAGGGCUGGCUGGAACCGCUGCUGGAGAGAGUGGCCCAGGACAGGACCAGAGUGGUGUCCCCCAUCAUGGAUGUGAUAGACUGGCAGACGUUUCAGUACAAUGCCACCCAGUGGCCAGUCAAGGGAAUGUUUGACUGGAGACUGGACUUCUACUGGGAGUUAAAAUCACAGCUGCAAGAAAAGGACCCUGGCUUGGAUAUUGAACCUGUGCGGAGCCCAGCUUUAGGAGGUGGAGUUCUGGCCAUCGACAGACAUUUCUUCCAGAGUGUGGGAGCCUACGAUCCGGGGAUGCUGCUGUGGGGGGGCGAACAAAUUGAGCUGUCAAUCAGGGUGUGGUCAUGCGGGGGCUCGAUGGAGGUGGUUCCUUGCUCCCGUGUGGCCCACCUAGACCACCACCACCUACCUUACCGCUUCCCAGAUGAGCAGCUUCAGAAAAACAAGAUCCGCAUUGCAGACACAUGGAUGGACACAUACAGGAAGAUUUUCUACAGGAGAGACACACUGGCUCACUUCAUCAGGCAGUCUGAGAGCCCUGACAUCACAGAGCGUCUGCAACUAAAGAAGACUCUGGGCUGUAGGAACUUCCAGUGGUACCUGACUACAGUGUAUCCACAACUUUACAUCCCCCAGGACAGGACUGGACUAUCAGGAGAGCUUUACAAUGUUGGCACCAGUAGCUGUGCAGACUACCCCAGAGAGCACGGACUGAAGGGUGGGUCCAUGAAUAUAGCACCAUGCAGCGGGACGGGGAGCCAGCACUGUGAUCUAAAUUCUGAGGGUGAAGUGCGAUGGGGUCCAUUGGGAUCUUUGUGUUUAGACACCAAAGGCGAGCAAGUGAUCCUUUCUCCAUGCCUCAAUCCCCGACCUACAGCCAGCAGACUCCAGUGGAAGUUCAUAAAGCUGAGCGGCCAGCUUGUUCACCAACAGUCCCAGUUAUGUCUGGAGGCUGUAAAGGACGGAGGCCCCCCACACAGCAACAGUGUUCAACCAAAACAAGUCAGCACCCAUUCCAGCGUGGGUGGUCUCUUCAUGCGCCCCUGCACCCAUCAGCCCAGACAGCAGUGGCACUUUGAGCAACUAGUGGCUCCUAAAGGCACCUGAGAGAAAGCACACAUGGACUAGUGGAUUUUAAAGAUGUGAAUCUUGGGCACAUAUUAUCAU